GUGGCACAAUUACUUUGUGGUUUAAUCAAAUGCAAAAGCAAAGUUCGCCGGAUGGCUCAAAUCGAUUUUUUUCAUCCACUAAACCCGAAUCCAGCGCGAAGAAUUUGCCACUUAAAAAAGAGGAAAUAUCAUUUAUUUAUUUAUUCAAUCUUAGGUAAAUGAUCAUUUACCAAAUAUAAUAUCUUUUUACCGAAUCCACUAUAAUCUCUUCUUCUUCUUCUUCUUCUUCUUCUUCUUCCUUUUAAAAAUGAGUUUUUCUUGGAUUUUGUUAAAUAAAUGAGUUUCUCUCCACUAUAAUCCUCUCAUGCCAAGGUGAUUCAGAAUAAUAUACCAAUGGCGGACCUAAAAGAACGUCUGCUCCCACUGAAACCCCAAUCGGCUAUAAAUCUUAGAGGCACUACAUCUCAGGCACCUGCCUCUGGACGUCAACCUUUCCAAGGCUUGGAUUUAUCUGGUUUAAAGAAGCGGGGCCAAGGACUCCGAUCUUGGAUCCGGGUUGAUACAUCUGGGAAUUCCCAAGUCAUCGAGGUUGACAAGUUCACUAUGAUGCGUCGUUGUGAUCUACCAGCUCGGGAUUUACGGCUUCUUGAUCCUUUGUUUGUGUACCCCUCCACAAUCCUUGGCAGAGAGAAGGCUAUUGUUGUAAAUUUAGAGCAGAUACGAUGUAUCAUCACUGCUGAUGAAGUUUUGCUCUUGAAUUCCCUUGAUAGCUAUGUUUUGCAGUAUGUUGUAGAGCUACAAAGACGACUAACAAGUGGAGUAGGUGAGGUUUGGCAACCAGAGGGUCCUGAGUUGAACCGAAGAAGCUUUAGGAAUUUUGACAAUGUGUAUGGGAGUCCAUCUCCCGAUUAUUUACCCUUCGAGUUUAGGGCUCUUGAGGUUGCUUUGGAAUCUGCAUGUACAUUUCUUGAUUCUCAGGUACGUGUCAACUAAAAUGUCAUUGUGUUUGACUUAAUACGCGAUGAUAAACAAAGGUACUUCAAUUAUAAACUUGUGCUCCCAAAAUUAUUCUCUUGAGAA